UGUCUGACUAAACAUUCGCUGAACGAGUGUUGGCCAGACACCCAAGACCUUAAUUUGACCCACAUACUUAUAAUUGAUUACAAUCUAUUGUAAGUACUUAACAUUUGAGCUUAUGUUUGUUUGCCUUAAUUGGGAUGGUGGAGAAUGUUUUUAAAAUAUUCAUAAUUAAUAUAAUUAAUUACCAUAAGCCCCUCCUUUAGAAUCGCUACAUGGCAUUCUCCUAUAAAUUGUUAGAAAUUUGAUAUGAUUUUUGUCAAUGAUUUUUUUCCCCCAGUAAUUUAGAUAAUAUAUGCCUUUUUUAAACCAUUCUUUAAAACAUUUUAAUUUUUAAUGCAGGAAAACCCUGCUGCAAUAAUCAGACGAUGUCUGCAUAAUUUUACUUUGACAUGCAAUAAUAACUUUUAUUUAAAACAUUUAAUCCCCGAUUUAAAUUAAAUGAAAAUCGCAUCAAAACACUCUUAAUUUAUUUAAAAAAUUUAAAAUCUCCCAGGUCCAAACAUAGAUUCAGAUCUGUAAUUAAUGCGUGAGAAAACAAGUGAAUCAUUACACCCCUAUAACAUGAAAGUCAAUCUUAACACGAGGGUCAAAGUUAGAAAUAAACCCAUUAUCUGUUAUAAAUACAACUAAACAAGUCUAAAACAGAUGGUGAAUGUUUUACUGACAUUAAAUGUUCACACCCAUAGAGUGUAAGUGAUUGAGAUCUUCAGUGAAGCUCCUCCUACAACAAUCUACCAAUAAAUGCUGGAGUCAAACACACAGAGAAAUCACUCCAUGUGUGACAACUGAAAUCUUCAUGACAUAAUGUUGAUGCUGGUGAAAGAGGAGCUUGAGAAGAUGACAGAUCCACAACCAUGCAGAAUAAAGGAUGAAGAUACUGAGGAACAAAUAGAUAUGAUUGAAGUGAAAGAGGAGAGUCAAGCUGAAGUGGAUGAGAAACAUCAGAUUGUAAAAAUAAACCAUAAUGUUUCACAGAAAGAAACUCUGAAGACAGAAGACAUAAAGUGUGAAAAUAGUUUCAGAGAAGAUGAACGCCCUGAAGAUCACAAGAGGACUCACAGUGAGGAGAAACCUUUCACAUGUCAACAGUGUGGAAAGAGUUUCAGAAGAAGAGAUCACCUUAAAGCACACAUGAGGAUUCACACCGAAAACAAAAGACACGUGUGUCAUCAGUGUGGAAAGAGUUUUACAACUGCAGGUGAACUUAAGAUACACAUGAGGACUCACACUGGAGAGAAACCUUACACUUGUCAUGUGUGUGGAAAGAGUUUCACCUCUCAAUCAAGCCUUAACCGGCACAGGAAAACUCACAGUGGGCAAAAGCCACACGCGUGCCAACAUUGUGACAAGAGUUUCCCAGAUACAAGUAAACUUAAGAUACACAUUAGAGUUCACACUGGAGAGAAACCAUUCACGUGUCAUCUGUGUGGAAAGAGUUUUAUAAAAAAAUGUUACCUUAAUGUACACCUAAGUAGUCACACUGGAGAGAAACCAUACGUGUGUCAACAUUGUGGAAAGAGUUUCAGGACAAAAACAAACCAUAAUGUACAUUUGAUCACUCACACUAAAGAGAAACCGUUCACAUGCCAUGAGUGUAAAAAGAGUUUUAAAAAUAAAUGUAACCUUUUAACACACAUGAGAAGUCACACUGGAGAGAAACCUUACAUAUGUCUUCAGUGUGGAAAGGGUUUCACCAGUGACUUCAAUCUUAAGAGACACAUGACAAUUCACACUGCAGAAAAACCGUUCCCAUGUCAACAGUGUGGAAAGAGUUUUAGAAUAAGAGCUGACCUUAAUGUACACCUAAGAAUUCACACUGGAGAGAAACCUCACGUGUGUGAUCAGUGUGGAAAAAGUUUCAGGACGAAACCAAAACUUACUGUACAUUUGAGCACUCACACUGAAGACAAACCAUUCACAUGCCAUGAGUGUAAACAGAGUUUCAAAACAAAAGCUAACCUUAAAAGACACAUGAGAAUCCACAAUAUGAUGGAAGUGAAAGAGGAGAGUCAAGCUGAAGAGGAUGAGAAACAUCAGAUUGUAAAAAUAAACCAUAAUGUUUCACAGAAAGAAACUCUGAAGACAGAAGACAUAAAGUGUGAAAAUAGUUUCAGAGAAGAUAAACGCCCUGCAGAUCACAAGAGGACUCACAGUGAAGAGAAACCUUUCACAUGUCAACAGUGUGGAAAGAGUUUUAGAACAAAAGAUUACCUUAAAGCACACAUGAGGAUUCACACUGGAGAGAAACCACACGCAUGCCAUGAGUGUGGAAAGAGUUUUAUAACUGCAGGUAACCUUAAGAUACACAUGAGGACUCACACCGGAGAGAAACCUUACACUUGUCAACAAUGUGGAAAGAGUUUCUCUGUUGAAAGUUACCUUAAAAUACACGCAAGAAUUCACACAGGAGAGAAACCGUUCACAUGCCAUGAGUGUGAAAAGCGUUUCAGAACUAAAUGUAGCCUUAUAACACACAUGAGAAUUCACAAAGGAGAGAAACCUUACAGAUGUCCUCAGUGUGGAAAGAGUUUCAGUAGUAAACAAGGACUUGAGAUUCACAUGACGGUUCACACUGGGGAGAAACCUUUCACAUGCCAUGAGUGUGAAAAAUGUUUCAGAUGUAAGAGUAGCCUUAUAAGACACAUGAUAAUUCACGGCGAGAAACCUUACGUGUGUUUUCAGUGUGAAAAGAGUUACAGUAAUAAACAUGGACUUGAGAUUCACAUGAGAAUUCACACUGGAGAGAAACCUUACAUAUGCUCUCAGUGUGAAAAAAGCUUCACAAGUAAAAGUAAUCUUAAGAUACACAUGACAGUUCACACUGAAGAGAAACCGUUCACAUGCCAUCAGUGUGGAAAGAGUUUUACAAUGAAACGUAACCUUAAUGAACACCUAAGAAUUCACACUGGAGAGAAACCAUACGUGUGCCAUGAGUGUGAAAAGAGUUUCACCUUUCAAUCUGUCCUUAUCCGGCACAUGAAAGUUCACAGUGGGGAAAAGCCACACGCAUGCCAUCAUUGUGACAAGAGUUUCCCAGAUACAACUCAACUUGAGAUGCACAUGAGGUCUGAGAAACAUUACAUUGGAGAGAAACCGUUCAUUUGUCAUCAGUGUGGAAAGAGUUUUACAGUGAAAUUUAACCUUAAUAGACACCUGAGAAUUCACACCGAAGAGAAACCUCACGUGUGUCAUCAAUGUGGAAAGAGUUUCAGGACAAAAUGUAACCUUAAUGCACAUUUGAGAACUCACACUAAAGAGAAACCGUUCACAUGCCAUGAGUGUAAAAAGAGUUUCAAAACAAAAGCUGCCCUUAAAAAACACGCAAGAUUUCACACUCAAUAGAAACCAUUCAUGUGUCAACAGUGUGGAUAUGGCAACAAAGUUUAUAAAUCAGCUGAGGUCUUAAUAAUAAAACGGUCUGGAGGAUCCUUAAUAAUAGUCUACAUGCGCACAAAAGCCCAAAAUGGUGUACAGCAAAAAGAUUCAGGCCGUUUCUCAAUAUGUGGUGUUGUCUGUACUUGUGUUCUUGUGAAACAUCAUCAGUCGCGGCCCAAGUACUGUUCCAGUUCCAAUUUCACAUCAAGUCAAGUUCACAUAACAUCUCAGGAUAUGUUCUUGAUUUGCUCAUUUUAUCGAGGAUGCAUCAGAAGGUGACUUGUGUGGACUUAUGAUAGACAAGUUUCUCAGAAUACAUACAGUGGGGCAAAAAAGUAUUUAGUCAACCACCAAUUGUGCAAGUUCUCCCACUUAAAAAGAUGAGAGGGGCCUGUAAUUUUCAUCAUAGGCACACUUCAACUAUGAGAGACAAAAUGAGGAAAAAAAUCCAGAAAAUCACAUUGUCUGAUUUUUUAUGAAUUUAUUUGCAAUUUAUGGUGGAAAAUAAGUAUUUGGUCAAUAACAAAAAAGCAAGAUUUCUUUCUCUCACAGACCUGUAACUUUUUCUUUAAGAGGAUCCUCUGUCCUCCACUUGUUACCUGUAUUAAUGGCACCUGUUUGAACUUGUUAGCAGUAUAAAAGACACCUGUCCACAACCUAAAACAGUCAGAAUGCAAACUCAACUAUGGCCAAGACCAAAGAGCUGUCAAAGGACACCAGAAACAAAAUUGUAGAUCUGCACCAGGCUGGGAAGACUGAAUCUGCAAUAGGUAAGCAGCUUGGUGUGAAGAAAUCAAUUGUGAGAGCAAUUAUUAGAAAAUGUAAGACAUACAAGAACAUUGAUAAUCUCCCUCGAUCUGGGGCUCCACGCAAGAUCUCAUCCUGUAGGUUAAAAAUUAUCACCAGAAUGGUGAGCAAAAAUCCCAGAACCGCAUGGGGGGACCUAGUGAAUAACCUGCAGAGAGCUGGGACCAAAGUAACAAAGGCUACCAUCAGUAACACACUAUGCAGCCAGGGACUCAAUUCCUGCAGUGCCAGAUGUGUCCACCUGCUUAAGCCAGUACAUGUCCGGACCCGUCUGAAGUUUGCUAGAGAGCAUUUGGAUGAUCCAGAAGAAGAGUGGGAGAAUGUCAUAUGGUCAGAUGAAACCAAAACAUAACUUUUUGGUAGAAACUCAACUUCUUGUGUUUGGAGGAGAAAGAUGCUGAGUUGCAUCCAAAGAACACCAUACCUACUGUGAAGCAUGGGGGUGGAAACCUCAUGCUUUGGGGCUGUUUUUCUGCAAAGGGACCAGGACGACUGAUCCGACUUAAGGAAAGAAUGAAUGGGUCCAUGUAUCGUGAGAUUUUGACUCAAAACCUCCUUUCGUCAGCAAGGGCAUUGAAGAUGAAACGUGGCUGGGUCUUUCAGUAUGGCAGUGAUCCCAAACAUACCGCCCGGGCAAAGAAGGAGUGGUUUCGUAAGAAUAAUUUCAAGGUCCUGGAGUGGCCUAGCCAGUCUCCAGAUCUCAACCCCAUAGAAAAUCUUUGGAGGGAGUUGAAAAUCUGAGUUGCCCAGCGACAGCCCUAAAACAUCACUGCUCUAGAGGAGAUCUGCAUGGAGGAAUGGGCCAAACUACCAGCAACAAUAUGUAAAAACCUUGUGGAGACUUACAGAAAACGUUAGAUCUCGGUCAUUGCCAACAAAGGGUAUAUAACAAAGUAUUGACAUAAACUUUUGUUAUUGACCAAAUACUUAUU